AUGGGAUUUGAGCGAGGUUGGGGUGACACAGCACAACGUGUAUUGGAGAUGAUGCAUCUUCUCUCAGAUAUCCUUCAGGCACCUGAUCCCUCUUCUUUGGAAUCAUUCCUUGGGAGGAUUCCAAUGGUAUUCAAUGUUGUCAUUGUUUCUCCCCAUGGUUACUUUGGCCAAGCAAAUGUUUUAGGUUUGCCGGACACUGGUGGACAGGUCGUCUAUAUACUUGAUCAAGUACGUGCAUUGGAGAGUGAGAUGCUUCUUAGAAUACAAAAACAAGGAUUGGAUGUUGUUCCAAAAAUUCUUGUCGUAACCCGAUUGAUACCAGAUGCGAAAGGCAACACAUGCAACCAAAGACUAGAAAGAAUCAGUGGUACAGAACAUGCAUCAAUUCUGCGGGUGCCUUUUAGAUCUGAGAAUGGAAUUCUUCAUAAAUGGAUUUCAAGGUUUGAGGUGUGGCCAUACUUGGAGACCUUUGCAGAAGAUGCAUCAAAUGAAAUUUCCGCAGAGUUACAGGGUAUUCCAGAUCUGAUCAUUGGAAACUAUAGUGAUGGAAAUCUCGUUGCAUCUUUGUUAUCAUACAAGCUAGGAACUACACAGUGUACAAUUGCGCAUGCAUUGGAGAAAACAAAGUAUCCAGAUUCUGAUAAAUACUGGAGAAAAUAUGAAAACAAGUACCAUUUUGCAAGUCAGUUUACAGCUGACCUAAUUGCAAUGAACAAUGCAGAUUUCAUAAUCACCAGCACAUACCAGGAGAUUGCAGGAACCAAGAAUAAUGUUGGACAGUAUGAAAGCCACACUGCCUUCACUCUUCCAGGGCUAUAUCGAGUUGUUCAUGGCAUAGAUGUUUUUGAUCCCAAGUUCAAUAUCGUUUCCCCAGGUGCAGAUAUGUGCAUAUACUUUCCAUAUUCUGACAAGGAAAAGAGACUCCCUGCUUUACAUGGUUCAAUUGAGGAACUCCUAUUUGAUCCUGAGCAGAAUGAUGAGCAUGUGUGA